UCGACCACAAUAUAUAAAUAUAUUUGGUACGGCACGUUCAGGUCUUUAUUUUAGUAGUCAUAACGGAGAAAGCGAAGGGAUAAGAUGCAAUUAAUUGCCUGUAUAGCUGUUCUACUGGGGGCGGCCUAUGCCCAUCCGUUCUAUCGGGAUGGCUUCCCUAAUGGUUACUCUAUUCCGAACCCCUGUGGAGGCGGGAUAUGGGAGGCUGUAGGUCAUUAUGACCCUCAUCAUCAUACCAUCAACAAGAACCGAUAUGGACUGGCAUUCUCCGCCGCCGGUCACACUUGGACCCAUGCCCUCUGCAUGGCGGACAGUGACGGCGACGGCAAAACUAACGGAGCGGAACUCGGGGACCCGACCUGCGUCUGGGUGAGGGGUGGAGUGCCCACCGGCCAUGCCACCGGACAUCCGGGAAUCUGCGAGCCAGUGGGGUCUUGCGGAGACGGGUUUACGUGCAACUGCCAUGGCGGCCAUUGUGUUGGGAAAUAAUCGUCGGAAUAAAAAAAAACUGCCUUG